CGAACGGCGGCGGUGGCGGGGCUCAGCAUGGCGGCGCACCUGAAGAAGCGGGUGUAUGAGGAGUUCACUAAGGUCGUCCAGCAACAUGAAGAGAUCUCCGCCAAGAAGCUGCGGCUGACCAAGCCCAGUAAAUCGGCAGCGCUCCACGUAGAUCUGUGUAAGGCCACUUCGCCAGCAGAUGCCCUGCAGUAUCUGCUUCAGUUUGCCAGGAAGCCAGUGGAGGCGGAAAGCGUGGAAGGAGUUGUCAGAAUCUUGCUGGAGCAUUAUUACAAGGAGAACGAUGCCUCUGUGAGAUUGAAGAUUGCUUCCUUGCUAGGUUUGUUAUCGAAGACGGCAGGAUUUUCUCCAGACUGCAUUAUGGAUGAUGCCAUUAACACGCUUCAAAAUGAGAAGUCCCACCAAGUUCUUGCUCAGCUGUUGGAUACCCUGUUGGUGAUUGGGACGAAACUCACAGAGAACCCAGCUGUCCGAAUGAGACUGCUAGAUGUAGCCUGCAAGUAUCUGACGGACUCGUCCCAUGGUGUCAGAAACAAGUGCCUCCAGCUGAUUGGCUAUCUUGGAUCUGUGGAAAAAGGUGCCACAAAAGAAGCUGAAAGCCUGGCUACCAAAGAUGUCCAGAAGAUCAUAGGGGACCACUUUAAUGACCAGGACCCUCGUGUUAGGACUGCAGCUAUAAAAGCUAUGCUGCAGCUACAUGAAAGAGGAUUAAAAUUGCAGCAGACUAUUUACAGUCAGGCUUGCAAACUGCUCUCAGAUGAUUAUGAACAGGUACGCAGUGCUGCAGUUCAGUUGAUCUGGGUCCUCAGUCAGCUGUAUCCUGAGAGCAUUGUACCAAUUCCUUCUUCCAAUGAAGAAAUUCGCUUAGUUAAUGAUGCAUUUGGAAAAAUAUGUCACAUGGUCAGUGAUGGCUCAUGGGUUGUUAGAGUGCAAGCUGCUAAACUGUUGGGAUCUAUGCAGCAAGUUAGUUCCCAUUUCUUGGAGCAGACACUUGACAAGAAGCUGAUGUCAGAUUUGAGGCGGAAGCACACUGCACACGAACGAGCCAAAGAGCUUUACAGCUCUGGGGAGUUUUCAAGUGGCAGAAAAUGGGGAGACGAUGCGCCCAAAGAAGAAAUAGACACAGGCGCUGUGAACUUGAUUGAAUCGGGAGCUUGUGGGGCUUUUGUUCAUGGCCUGGAAGAUGAAAUGUAUGAGGUUCGGAUUGCUGCAGUUGAGGCCCUCUGUAUGCUGGCUCAGUCUUCACCAUCUUUUGCAGAGAAGUGUCUUGAUUUUCUAGUAGACAUGUUUAAUGAUGAGAUCGAAGAGGUAAGAUUGCAGUCGAUACACACGAUGAGAAAAAUCUCCAACAACAUAACGCUGCGAGAGGACCAGCUCGAUACCGUGCUAGCUGUCUUGGAGGAUUCCUCCCGAGAUAUUCGGGAAGCACUUCACGAACUACUGUGCUGCACCAAUGUCUCAACUAAAGAAGGCAUUCAUCUCGCAUUGGUGGAGCUGUUGAAAAACCUAACCAAAUAUCCUACGGACAGAGAGUCCAUAUGGAAGUGCUUAAAGUUCCUGGGCUGCAGGCAUCCUACUCUGGUGCUUCCACUGGUCCCAGAGCUGCUGAGUACACAUCCGUUUUUUGACACCCCAGAACCUGACAUGGACGACCCAGCCUAUAUUGCUGUUCUGGUCCUCAUUUUUAAUGCUGCUAAAACUUGCCCAACAAUGCCAGCGCUGUUCUCGGAUCAUACUUUCAGACACUACGCCUAUCUUCGUGACAGUCUCUCUCAUCUUGUCCCUCCAUUGAGAUUGCCAGGUAGAAAACUAGUAUCCUCCCCUGUUUCCCCCAGCGUUACCCCUCAUGAAGAUCCUUCCCAGCAGUUCCUGCAGCAGAGUCUUGAGAGAGUUUACAACCUUCAGCACCUAGACCCACAGAGCACACAGGAGCUGCUUGAAUUCACCAUUCGUGACCUUCAGAGGCUUGGAGAACUUCAGUCAGAACUGGCAGGGGUGGCAGACUUCUCCGCAACUUACCUUCGGUGUCAGCUGCUCCUCAUCAAGGCCCUCCAGGAAAAACUGUGGAAUGUGGCAGCUCCUCUCUACCUGAAACAGAAUGCUUUGGCAUCAGCUGCUGCAAAACAGAUUAUGGAAGAAACGUACAAAAUGGAGUUUAUGUACAGUGGAGUGGAAAAUAGACAAGUGGUCAUUAUUCACCACAUGCGACUGCAAGCCAAAGCGUUACAACUUAUAGUGACUGCACGUACUACUAGAGGAGUGGAACCCCUUUUUGGAAUGUGUGAAAAUUUUUUACAGGAAGUGGAUUCUUUUCAGAGAUGUUUUAUUUCUGAACUGCCCCAUAUGCAAGACAGUUUUGUGGAUAAGCUGCUGGACUUAAUGCCCAGACUUGUGACCUCCAAACCUUCAGAAGCGGUGAAGAUCCUGCAAACAACGCUACGACAGAGCACCUUCCUUCACCUUCCUCUUCCAGAGCAGAUCCACAGAGCUACUUCAACUAUUAUUGAACCUGCUGGCGAGUCUGAUAACCCUUUGAGGUUUACAUCAGGACUCGUGGUGGCAUUGGAUGUUGAUGCAACUCUGGAACAUGUGCAGGACCCUCAGAGCACAGUUAAAGUUCAGGUAUUAUAUCCAGAUGGACAGGCACAGUUAAUCCACCCUAAACCAGCUGACUUUCGAAAUCCUGGUCCUGGAAGGCACAGAUUGAUAACUCAGGUUUACCUUUCUCAUACUGCCUGGACAGAGCCCUGUCAGAUUGAAGUGAGGUUACUACUGGCGUACAACUCCAGUAAGAGCAAAGCGUCCACUAGACUCUCAAAAUCCACCUGGAUUGACAGCAUGGAGGCUCUUCCACCGUCUGAAUAUGGCAUUGAGGGAACCAUACCAUUCAGCAAACCUGUCAAAGUGUAUAUAAUGCCAAAACCUGCCAGACGGUGAAGUCAAUCACUAACCGACUUUAUUUGUGGGAUUGUUGGGUUAUAUGUAAACGA